AUAUUGUUUUCGUAUGCUUACUUCACAUACCGCCACUUUCAAGUCCCGUCAAGCUCUUCCCACCAAAGAUCAACCGAAAGGAAAACAAUGCCAAGAGAAAUCAUCACGUUGCAGCUUGGACAAUGCGGAAAUCAAAUUGGAAUGGAAUUCUGGAAACAGCUCUGCUUGGAACAUGGAAUAAGCCCUGAAGGAAUCUUGGAGGAGUUUGCAACGGAAGGUACAGACAGAAAGGAUGUCUUUUUUUAUCAGGCAGACGAUGAACACUACAUUCCAAGAUCAGUACUGCUGGAUCUUGAGCCUCGUGUCAUUAAUAGCAUUAUGAAUUCUCCCUAUGCCAACCUUUACAAUCCAGAGAACAUUUACCUGUCCAAGCAUGGAGGUGGUGCUGGCAACAACUGGGCCAGUGGCUAUUCACAGGCAGAACGUUUAUAUGAUGAGAUCUUCGAUAUCAUUGACAGAGAGGCUGACGGAAGUGACAGCUUAGAGGGUUUUGUUAUUUGUCAUUCCAUUGCUGGAGGCACAGGAUCAGGCAUGGGCUCAUAUAUCUUGGAAAGACUUAAUGACAGGUUUCCAAAAAAGCUUAUCCAAACCUACUCUGUGUUUCCAAAUGUGGAUGAAAUCUCCGAUGUGGUUGUACAACCAUACAAUUCUCUCCUCACUCUCACAAGGCUGACACAGAAUGCUGACUGUGUGGUGGUAUUGGAUAACACAGCGUUGAACAGGAUCGCAGCAGACAGGCUGCACAUUGAAACACCUACCUUUGCACAAGUUAAUCAGUUGGUGUCUACAGUGAUGUCAACUAGUACAACAACACUACGCUACCCUGGCUACAUGAACAAUGACCUUAUUGGGCUCAUUGCUUCCCUAAUCCCAACACCACGACUCCACUUUCUCAUGACUGGGUACACACCGCUCACCACAGAUUCACAGGUUGCAAAUGUGCGAAAGACAACUGUGUUAGAUGUGAUGAGACGCCUUCUGCAGCCCAAGAACAUGAUGGUGUCUACUCCUGUGCAUCGCCAGGCUAACCACUGCUACAUCUCAAUUCUUAACAUAAUCCAAGGAGAGGUUGACCCAACUCAGGUACACAAGAGUUUACAGAGGAUUAGAGAGCGGAAACUUGCACAGUUCAUCCCAUGGGGACCUGCUAGCAUUCAAGUUGCACUGUCACGUAAAUCUCCGUAUGUGCAAACAUCCCAUCGUGUUUCAGGUCUCAUGCUUGCCAACCAUACGAGUAUUUCACAUCUCUUUGAGCGGAUCUUACGUCAAUAUGACAAACUAAGAAAGCGUGAGGCUUUCAUGGAUCAAUUCAAGAAAGAGAACAUAUUCCGAGAGAACUUAGAUGAAUUUGACAACUGCAGAGAGACAGUACAGCACCUAGUGGAUGAAUACCAAGCAGCCACACGGCGUGAUUACCUCUCCUGGGGAACACAGCAAGCCCCAUCAGCUGACAGGAUAUGAUCUGUAAGCUGACAGUGAAAACUCCCCUCUGAAGUGACUGAUAGCCCCAGCAGCUGACAGGAUAUGAUCUGUAAGCCUACAGUGAGAACUCCCCUCUGAAGUGACUGAUAGUAAGAUGAAGCCUUCCAUACUUCUGGCUGAAUCAGCCCAAAUUAAAUUGUGAUAAAAUUUACAAUUACUGGCUAAAUGCUGGACAAGGCUUAUGACUUUAUGAGGAGUCACAGAACAAAGGCAUAUUAUUACCUUUCCUUUAUUACCUUUAUUAAAUUUAGCCAGAAUAUUAGUAGAAACACUGGAGGUGGGGGAAACUUUCAUUCAUGAUAAAGCUAGGACUUUUUUAAGAAAUAAAGAAUAAAGCCAAACUUAUUUCAAAGGAGUAGAGAGAGAAGGUGGACAUUGUAAAGAGGAGAGAAUUUAGAAAAAAAAAUGGUGAAUUUAAUGGCAUGUACUGAUUACAGUGCAUUUCUAUUUUGUGGUAGUGUGUGAAAACAAAAAAAAAGUUUUCUACAUUCUUCUCAAAAAUUUAAAAUCUCCACUGUGGUCUGUCCAGGCAUAGUAAGUAUUGGGAUAUUGUCAACUCAACCAUUUACCCACGCAUGAGUUGAUUAGACCAUUGCUAAGAGUCAAAUUAGUUAAACCAGACAAAGAUUGAUUCAACCGCAUAUGACAGGUUAAUCAUACCCAGAGUUGGGCUUUAAUAAUCUACCUAAUAUGUUUGAUAUUGCUCAGGCAGCAGAAAGAAAAUAGUUGGUUUAUAAACACUGCAGAACAGCAGCACCACAAGAAAGAAAUUGUUUUAUAUCUCAAGAUCUGUAAGAUGCAUGGUAUGUGAUCAAAGGAGAAAACAAUUACUUCAGUUUGCAUUGUAACAGUUAAUGAGAUUAUUUUCAGCAUGCAUGCAAUACAAUUUUUUUCAGGGGAGUUUAUUUCAAAGGAGAAUGAUACUUAGGAUACAAUGUUAUUUACAUCAGUCUAGGGUCGAUAUUAAUGUCCAACCUAUAACCACUUUGGUGGGGACGGAAAUGACUAAAUGGUUAGAGCACUGGCAUCCAAAACUGGAACUGCACACACUAGCCACUUAGAUACCCAUAUGUGGCAUACUUCACCUUGUUAAUCAACAUUAGAAGUUUUCAUGGAAAAAAGCAGUAAAGGAUAGGCACUGCUUUCACAAAAGACUACCCCAGUGAUAACAUAUUUCUAACACCUGACUCCUGUUGACUGAAAGGUCACAAGACUGGAGCUUUAUCACAACUUUUAAAGGUUGCAAACCUGCACCUGCAGUAUGCCCUUAGUAAAUAGGGUUCCAGUUACUGAGCAUGUGACUGGCAGAUGCAUUGACGUACAAUCAAGUGGGUUAUCAGCUUGACCAGUAAGGGUCAUAGAUUUUUGCAUGAAUUUCACCCAGGAAUGGUAAUUGUGUCAAUAUGUAAAGUGUAAAUAAAUCUUGUUAACAUUCA